AUGUUUAAGGAUGCAGAUGUACUGGCAAUCCAAGAGACUCACGUACCGAGUGACAAGACCAGUCGCCUGAGGGUGCCUGGAUUCAAUAUGGUCGACUAUAAAGGCCACGCCAAGCAUGGAUUGGCAACCUACGUAAAUCAGAACACUAAAGAACAACGAUGGGGGACAACUACCUCACCUGACCUUUGUUUUGUAACAAGAGACAAUGAUAACCAACCUUUAAGAGUCUCACGACAAAUCCUACCUAAAUUCCCCAAAAGCCAACAUAAGCCAGUGGUUAUAGAUAUAGGCGUCAAUUUUCCAAGAAUUAAUAACCCCGAAAUGCCCAGGUGGAACCUUCGAAAGGCGAGAUGGGUGGAUUUCACCAAAUACAUGAAAGAGAAUAUAAACCGCAUCCCUCCCACUCCAAAAACCUACUCAAGAUUUGUAAAACUUAUUAAAAAAGCAGCUGUCUUAGCGAUACUUAGAGGACAUAGACAGAACUACAUACCAUGCUCGAACAAAGAGUGCGACUCACUAUUACACGAAUAUGAUCAAUCUGGAAGUGAGUUAACAGCAAAUCGGUUAAUGUCACUACUAGAUGAAGAGAGAAGAAAUAGAUGGUUAGCAGCAAUGGAAGAAAUGGACUACACACACUCAAGCAGGAAAAGCUGGUCUCUAUUACGAAAGCUUGGCGCUGUGCAUCCCUCUAAGAAAGCUGGAUGUGUCGCAGCAAUUGAUAUUUCAUUCUUACUUCAUCAAACUGCAAAAAACUGA